UUUCCGAUUGUCUAACGAAUUGGAGUUUACCGAUGUAAACUUCCGGUUAUGUUCAGGUGUAGAAUGCAAUGUUGUCUUGCACCAAGUUAAUCGAACAUGUAUUCAUAUGAAGAAAAUGGUGAUGCUCUAGAUAAAUACCAGAGAUCAGUAAGAGAGCGUGCCAAUGCCAGUUUACAUGAACUAGAAGAUGUUUUGUUGGGGACAUCCACUGGCAAAAAACAGGCAGAAACAUCAAAAGCAAAGACACAGCUUCAUGCUACAGUAAAUCCUCGCACAUUGAAAUGGUACGAAGAUAAUGCUCGGCCACAGAAAUAUAAGCAUGCUGUCUCAAAGCUUAAUGCUUUGCUUAGCCAAGAUUCACAGAUUCCUCAUCCCUUGCGGUCGACAGACAGCAGUGUUCCCUCACUGGAGGAGGCAGCAGCUGUGAUUCAGGCCCAGACAGGCUACUGUCAACAGCUGGAGGCAGAAAACCGCUACAUUAAAGAUGAACUUGUAAAUCUUAGAGCAAAGCUUUCAGAAAUUUUAGAGGAAAAUAAAAGACUCCAUGAGGAACUGAAAACAAGCAUCCUGCAGGAGAUAGUGGGUGAGAAUAUUGACCUGGAAGCUGUUGAGGUUGAGAACUUCUUUUUAGCAGAUAAGUCUGACCAUAUCUUCCACACACGGGAACUAAAACAUCUUCAAGUAGAAUUGGAAAGACUCAGUUCACUCCAUUCAGCAAGAGUGAGUAGACUUGAAACUCAACUGGAACAUUCAAGAUCAGAGAUUCAAAAGUAUGAACAAAUGGUAGAGGAUCUGAGAUCACAGUUGCGAAUGCAUGACAGUAUCCCAACCAGAGAAAAUGGGGAGUUUGUCUCCGAAAAACAACGAAAUUACCUCCAGAUUACAAUUGAUAAACUAACAAGAGAAAGGGAUGAAUUGAUGGAGCAUGUAACCAGUCUAAAAUCCAAUGUCCAAAAAUUAUCUCAAAGGGAAGAAGAGGCCUACCAACAAACAAAGAAAGGAAUUGAAAUGGUGGAGCAGGCUCAGUUAGAACAAACUCAGGCUUUAGUGCAGAAAGAGCAGAUAGCAGAGGAACUGAGCAACUUGAAGAAGAGGUUUGACACCUAUAUCCUUGAUACACAGGCACGUCUGCUGGAGGAGAGGGAGAGCGUUCGAAGAGAAAGUCAAAUGAUGAUUGACACUAUCAACAAAAAGUUGAAGGAAAUGACAGACCAGUAUGCUGCAACUUCUGCACAAGUUGACAAGCUAUCUCGAGAAAAGGUCUCUUACAUCAAUGAAAUCGAUGAGAUGAAGAUCCAGCUUCGCAAAUUUGACAAAGAAGCUUCCAUGGCCGCAGAUACAUACAGGACAGAAUCAACUCAUGCCUCCAUACAGAAAAGUCAUGCUUCCCAGGAGGUCAACCGUCUCAGAAAAGACCUGGAAAUUACCAAGAGAGAUAGGGACCAGGAUAAAAGUAAACUAGAGAUGGAACUUGAUGCAUUGAAACGAAGGUUGAACAAAGCAGAGAGAGAACUAGUGAACAGCAAGGAGGAAUGCAUUCAUUUGACGACAAAUACGCAAGCGUUAGAGAGAGAGCUACAUUUAGCAAAAUUGUCCAAAGAGAGUGUGGAGAGAGGUAGAAAUGAGGACUUAAAAGCUUUGACCAAACGAGCACAAAUGAGAGAAGAAGAGUUGAAUAGUUAUAUAGAGGAUGUUGGAGACCAGCAUGAAAGGACAACUCAGGAAAUGGAUGUGAUGUUAAAAAAGCAGAAUCGUCUGUUGGGCAAAUUACGAGAUGAAUGCAGACGGCAGGCAGGGCAUAUAGAAAAACUCACAAAGAAAAACAGGAACGAAACUGGACAACUACGCAGACAGAAUGAAGAGCUGAGGUUACGACUUGAGAGAGCUGUGGCACGAUUAGAGGAUCUUGACAACCAAUCUGACCAACAUGGCAGGGUGCAUGAGAAAAUGAAAGACAGGCUAAAAAAGAUGGAUGAUCAUGCUCAGGAACAGGGGCAGCAGUUAUUAGAUCUGCUGGCCCAGCAAAGCGCAUUGAUACGGGACAGACAGCUGCUCUCCAGAGAGGUGGAAUUCUUGAGGAAACAGAUUGCCAAGUCUAAUGAGGAGGACCUGGAAAAAUUCUUCUCCUCCAAUAAAACUCUUGUGGAUGAUAUUAUAGAGAAUGUGAACUGUGAGGAAAUGGAAAAUAAAUACAAACAAAAAUCUGUGAUCAAUUCAAGUGAAAAGGAAGAUGACUUAAUAGACACAUAGAUCUGAUGUUUUUGUAUAUUUAUUGUUUUGUACAAAGUGAUAUUAUAAAAAUGAAUAUCUCUG